AGGGUAUUCUUUCAUAUCGUUUGAACAUUGCUAUUAUUUCUAUCCGUUUGAACAUUGGAAUUUUCAUAGGGUGAUAAGAUGGAAGCGAUAGCAUCUGGACAAACAGCAUUGCGUGUGAACAACGAGUUGUGAACGGGCCAUGUAUACUACAUCAGAGGUAUUGGGUUCCAGCCGGCUGAAACACUGUUAAAACGAUUGUUACACAAUGAUUAUUACACCACCAUGCACUCUUGGACCCAAAUUGAUUUAGCUGGGCCUACCAUUUCCAUACCUAUGCUGCCAGACCGGUUCAUGACUUUCAGUUGUGUCGCAACACUGACAAACAGACAACUUGCAGAUGUAAUUGGGAUAGUCGUCUAUGUUAGCCCCGUCCGAUUCCUCCCGUCAACCAAUCGUAACACGCCAUGCCGAGAAGUCGUGCUGAUGAACAAUAGGUGGGAGUUCAUAUGUCUGCGCAUAUGGGACAAGCACGUGUCGCGCCACAUGAUGAAAUGGCGACGUGCCGAGCAGGAUAUGUCUAUCUUAUCUGCCAUCCUUUUUGAAGUCAGCACGGCACAAUGGGCUUUGAAAUCAACAGACAACAACAGCCAACUUGUUUUUGAUCCGGACACUCUCCUAGCUUAUUAUGAUCUUGCAUCUUUUCGUCAAACACUUCGCCCAGCUUAUAAUGUGUCCACUCUAAAACGUGUCAGGGCCUUUGUGCGACAAAGGCUCAAAAUGGGUUUGUAUGUGAACCUCCGAAUAUGGAAGGGCUUCAAAUCCGGGCGGCUUGCUCUGGUGGACUCGAACAUGUCUUUGGGGGCCCUUUGAAGGACAUAAUAUGAAGAUGUAAUAUGUUGCCCUUUCAAAGUUGUCUACUAAGUGAACUCUCUGUUCUCCAUCUCAUAAUGCCCUCGCACAUAUCAAAGGCGAUCUCAAUGUGUCCAGUUUUCACAUGAUGGGCUAUUAUGUUUCCAUCUUUAUUUAUUUGCCCUCUUGAUUAUCUUGACAUAAAAAAUAAUAUUAUGCAAGCUACUUUUAGAUUUCCAUUGCCCAUAGACAAUACAACUACAUAUUCAUAAAAGAUAUGUGAAUUACAUAAAUGAGAACACACUUGGCAUACAACUGAGACAAUCUGCAAUUCAGGAAUCUCUACUACAGAUAAAAAAAAGAUGGAAAAAUACA